AUGAAUUCGAACCGACUUAGCACCAUCCGUGGACCGACAAUCGAGCCGAAGACCGACAUCUCCAGCUUACCCCUCGAACUUCAUGCCGAAAUACUAAACUCAUUGGGGCACUGGACCCACUGUUUAGUUGCAUCCCAAGUUUGCCGGGCUUGGCGCGAUCUUCUCAAGAAAUACCGUGACCCCUCGGUCUAUUAUCAGGACGUCAAGAGUUAUCCUGGCUCCUCAACCGAAUGGAGACCGUUUGGCCAGUCAGCAACUCAGACCCCCCGUGUUCACAGACGUCACCUUCUCUUCCAAGAAUGCACGGUUGUUUACCGCCGCUGUCCUCUCACCCAAGAACGCCAAAUCAAAAUAUCCCCAACAAAGGACUUAGGCUUCUACGACGAUCAAGCCCUAUGUUACUUCCCGACCCGUGCAAAGAGACCCGAAUUUUAUAAAUUCGAUUAUUUUUCUUUACUUUCUAAUGCCAUUGCGACGAACGAUGAAUUUUCGUUACCACCACCGUCAUCACCCACCAAGCCGAAACCUUUUUAUUUCUUGGAGUUUGACCGGAUGUGUUCGAAGAAGCGAAUUCCGCUGUUAGACUCGACCCAGAACCAAUAUUUAUCAAUCGGAAGCGUUCUCGACAAGAUCUAUGAGAUUUACAAGCAAUGCUUUGAGUUCAGUUGCACUGAUUGUGCGAAUAUGUUUGAAGCGAGAAAUACGAGGAAUUAUGUACGGUCACCGUAUCAAGAAAUUCGCGAAACGCUUGAUAAUCUAAAUCUCGACAGUUGGGACUUUGGGGAUUGGGAGAAGUCCGGAUAUGAGGAAUUCGCGAAACAGUGUAGGGACUUUGGUAUCAUUAUACAAGAAAGGGAAAAGAGAAGGAAGCCGAGUGUUAUCGUUUUGAGAGUUAGCCCCGGGGACAGUUGGGCGACUUAG